CAAAGACGAAGUGGUUCUUCUUGAAAGUCUUUGCCAGAAACUUUCCCCUGUGUAGCCGGUAGCACAGGCGAAUGUUUGGCUCUCGUCCGGAGCUGCUGCUCCAAGAGGCUUCCAGGCGUCCCCUCUCCUGCCCUCGAUCCUGCACCCUCUUCAGGCCCUCCUCACUUCCCCAGCGACGCCCUUCGGGACCGCGUGGAACUCGCGACUUUCUCGAGGUUUCACUGCAGCCGUGGGACCCAGUUGCUGAAGUAAAGGAACCCUGCCGCCUUCCCAUGCUAUCUGUUGACAUGGAAAACAAGGAAAAUGGCUCUGUCGGUGUAAAAAACUCCCUGGAGAAUGGGAGACCACCUGAUCCUGCAGACUGGGCCGUGGUGGAUGUCGUCGAUUAUUUCCGAACAGCCGGAUUUGAGGAGCAAGCGAGUGCUUUUCAGGAACAGGAAAUUGAUGGAAAAUCUCUGCUAUUGAUGACAAGGAAUGACGUGUUGACAGGACUUCAGUUAAAAUUGGGGCCUGCUCUGAAAAUCUACGAGUAUCAUGUAAAACCUCUGCAAACAAAGCAUUUAAAGAACAACCCUUCAUAGUACAGUCAAUUGGGGUCUUCGACCUCAAAAAAUAAACAAUUACAUAAUUUAGUUUCAUGUGAUGAAACUUUGUGAACAGAAUACAUACAUGUGUAUAUGUAAAGAAUUCAAUCAAAUGAAAACGUUAUCCUAUGGGAUAGACUAGGCAAUCCAUCGGCUGACCUGAAUUCAGCCAGGGGAGCGAGGACACGAUAUGGACAGGACUGUUUCUCUUAUGGAAUUUGUCAAGUAGUAUUAUUUUUGACACAAUUAGAUACCCCUUCCCACAAAAGCUUUGAGAUCAUAAGGAUUUUCUUCCUUUCUUCAUGGAUAGCUUACCCAAAAUCCUUUUUAAAGAAUUUAAAGAGAUGGACAUCUUUUGGUUACAGACUUGGGACGAUUAAAAACAAGACAACUGGGGGGGGGGG